AUGACCGUUGCCACCCAGUCCGCCGACGAUCCAAGCACUCUCACGCCGUCCAUGGCCUCCAUAUCCCUCGACUCGUCCGCCUACCCUCACAUCCUGGAAUCCGUACUCGCCUACGCGCCAAAGGAAGCCCUAAUUGCCCUUCGCGGGGUGUCAACCAACCUCCGAGACCGGGUCGACGCCGUCCUCUGCCGCCACAUCCUAUUUACAAGUUAUUCACCCAACGAGAUCUUCGGCAAGACCGGGGGCAUACCUGGCCUAUGGCCAGCCUGUGACUGGAAGGAGGAGGGUGAGGUGCGAGUCCUCUCUCAUGCCCGUGUAGCCGACAUAAUCGGGCCCUUUGGUGCGCCCGACGCUCGCGCCUCCCAACUCUCCUCCACCCUCAAUCGCCUGGAAGCGGUGCGCCUGCGGCAUCACCCGGCCGGGCCACUGAGCAUGAUCUGUCCCCUGUCCGCACCGCUUCUGGUGACAUUUACGACGUUGACCGAGGUGGGAAGCUGGGACCACCCGGCAGUUGCAGAGGUCGGUCCCGUGCCGGAUGGGGUGGAGAGGUUCGUCCUCAACCUCCGGUACGACCCUGGACGGAGCUGGAUGUCGCAGGCUCAUAUACCGCCGUUCUCACGGCCCAAGUCGCUCAAAUAUGUCGUGAUCGUGUUUACCGAGAAGACGACCCAUCAAGAAGAAGAGGUGUGGUUCAGGCGCGCAAGUAAGCCGAUGGGCUUACUUAACUCGAUCGUCCUUGGUAUGACUAUGGCGAUUCCGAAGGGCGUCGAGUAUACGUUGGUGGACGCCGAGACGCUGCGCCCCGAAUGGCUCGGGAAUGACGGAACAGGCACAAUUGUCGGGAGGGAGGAGGGCGCAAUUGAGGGCGCAGUCAAGGAUAGCGUUGUGGCCGGGCUCAAGAAGUGGGAGAGGUGGAGUGAUCAAGUGGCGGCAGAGGCCGCGGGUGCCAUUGCGUUCCGCACGCGCGCCGAGUAUCGCGCCGAGGUUGGCGAGGCUGCGUUCGAGCUGCACACGGUCGAGUAA